AUGACUCGUGCCUCCAACAUGACAUCAUCCGCGGUGCAUAACUACACGAAAACGAUACACACGGCAGCAUGUCUGAUCAUUGGUGACGAGGUGCUUGGCGGAAAGACAAUUGAUACCAAUUCCGCAUAUUUCGCCAAGUAUUGCUUCUCCCUUGGGAUUCAGCUAAAAAGGGUAGAAGUCAUUGCCGAUGACGAAAGUGAAAUUAUUGAGGCUGUCAGGCGCAUGAGUAACAACUACGAUUUUGUGGUGACCAGCGGAGGCAUUGGACCGACCCACGAUGAUAUUACGUAUGAAUCCAUAGCCAAGGCGUUCGGCCUAAAGUUGAAACUACACCAAGGCGCUUUUGACCGUAUGAAGAAGCUCUCCAAGCCUCACCCGAUGCAACCGCAAUUUGACUGGGAUACCCCGUCGCCCGGUCUAACAGCCAAGCUGCGCAUGGUUGAACUUCCCCACGAUGAUACUCUGUCGGAGGAGCAGCAGGCUACCUUUGUGGCUGAUGAUAUGUGGGUGCCAAUCGCCAUCGUCAACGGUAAUGUGCAUAUCUUACCAGGCGUUCCUCGUCUGUUCGAGAAGCUCCUUGAGCAUCUGAAGCCUACUUUGCUUCCUCGGUUAACCGACCCUGAGGGAAAAGGCAUUUAUCGGUACUUAUUCAGCACCCCCCUCCCUGAGAGUGCCGUGGCGCCUUACCUGACGGACCUUGCGACGCGGACAUCUUCACGAGGUAUAAAGGUUGGUAGUUAUCCCCGCUGGGGAAAGAAGCGGAACACCGUCACUUUGGUUGGAACCGACAAAGACUUCAUGGACUCGUUGGUCUCGGAGGUCGAGGAGAAUGUUCAGGGCACAAGAGUCUCGCAGGAAGAUGAGCUUGACCCCCCUUCUGAUGCAGAGGAAGGUAAAUAA